CGCGGGCCGGACCCGGGGCUGCAGGGCCGCGGCGGGCGGGGCCAUGGCGUGGCUUGCGGACCGCAUGCGGGGCCACGGGCGCAUCGCCGCUGGGCUCCUGCUCAACCUGCUGGUGUCCAUUUGCAUCGUGUUCCUCAACAAAUGGAUCUACGUGCACCACGGCUUCCCCAACAUGAGCCUGACGCUGGUGCACUUCGUGGUCACCUGGCUGGGCCUGUACGUCUGCCAGAAGCUGGACGUCUUCGCCCCCAAAAGUCUGCCGCCCUCCAAGCUCGUCCUGCUGGCGCUCAGCUUCUGCGGCUUCGUGGUCUUCACCAACCUGUCUCUGCAGAACAACACCGUAGGCACGUACCAGCUGGCCAAGGCCAUGACCACGCCGGUCAUCCUAGUCAUCCAGAGCCUCUGCUACCACAAAACCUUCUCUGCCAAAGUGCAGCUCACGCUGAUUCCUAUAACCUUAGGUGUAAUCCUAAAUUCUUAUUACGAUGUGAAGUUUAAUUUCCUUGGAAUGGUGUUUGCUGCUCUUGGUGUUUUAGUUACAUCCCUUUAUCAAGUGUGGGUAGGAGCCAAACAGCAUGAAUUGCAAGUGAACUCGAUGCAGCUGCUGUACUACCAGGCCCCCAUGUCCUCCGCCAUGCUGCUGGUCGUCGUGCCCUUCUUUGAGCCGUUGUUGGGAGAAGGAGGGAUAUUUGGGCCCUGGUCAGCUUCUGCCUUGCUUAUGGUGCUGCUCUCUGGAGUGAUAGCUUUCAUGGUGAACUUAUCAAUUUAUUGGAUCAUUGGGAACACGUCACCAGUCACCUAUAACAUGUUUGGACACUUCAAGUUCUGCAUCACUUUGUUUGGAGGAUAUGUUUUAUUUAAAGAUCCACUGUCAGUUAAUCAGGGUCUUGGCAUCUUGUGCACGUUAUUUGGCAUCCUCGCCUAUACCCAUUUUAAACUCAGUGAACAGGAAGGAAGUAAGAGUAAAUUGGUACAGCGUCCUUAGUUGGGUUUUGGUGGAGAAGAGAAAGCCACCCCCAAGAAGAAGAAAAGCGUUAAGUGUGCAAGUUACUUUCAAAGAAGGAAGAAGAAGUCAUAUCAUAGAAUUCGUUGGAUGAUGGUGUGCAAGGAGUAACACAAAGGAAACUAUCCGCGAACAUGACUUUCUCAUUUAGAGUCCCUCUCAAACAGUGGCUCGUGCUUCUUUGCAAAGAUGGAUUAUGUGAAGCCUAGAGGAUGGUUUGGUUAUGACCAAAUGAAAUACAUGAAAUUAAAGUUCUGUAAGUGACAAAGGACUCCAGAUCACCAUCCUCCAAAAUAUGUCGUGGUUUGUAAGUGUUCAUACCCCGCUAAGGAAGGCCAGGGAGGACUCCUUGCCUUGCUGGUAGGUGGCCCCCAGGGUGAGCUCUUUUGUUAUUUCAGCCAAAGCGUUCAAGCCAGAAUUUAAAUCUGGCAUUUCUGUUUUAGCUGGUUUAGUAUAACUUCUUGCUUCUUGCACUUACAGAAAUGAAAUGUCAUUUAUGGAAAGCAGGGUGUAGGAAAAAAGCCCGGAAGACCAAAUCCAAUUCUAAAAGCACCAUAUUUCUUUUUUUUUUUUUUAAAGCACCAUAUUUCCAGUAGAAAAUUGAUACUAGAAGUUACACGUUCUCCAGAAGACUACAGUUGUUAUAGGUACACUCAUGUUUCUGAGCUCUCAGGGACCUCUAGAAACUGGAUACGACAUUAAAAAAACAAAAAUUGCUCCAUGUUUCAAAGAGAAGGCUAGGCAGCCCAGGUGGCUUAGCAGUUUAGCGCCUGCCUUCGGCCCAGGGCCUGAUCCUGGAGACCCAGGAUCGAGUCCCACGUCAGGCUCCCUGCAUGGAGCCUGCUUCUCCCUCUGCCUGUGUCUCUGCCUCUCUCUCUCUGUGUCUCUCAUGAAUAAAUAAAAUCUUUAAUAAAUAAUAAAAUCUGAUUUAAAAAGAACACAGAGAAGGCUGUGAAUGGAGUAGAGCAGGUGUCUUGUCCCCUUCUCCGGCUUUUUGAGCAUUUCCUGUUGGUGAUUUCUUAGCAGCACCUCUCUGCUGUCACCCCCUACCUCCCUCAUUGGAGGUAUCUGUGGAGUGCUCUUUGGCAUUCAGGGAUUUGUAGUGAACCAUCUGAGCUUUCUAAGUGGGCCGAGGGAAAUUUUCGUGCAGCACAUCAGGGCAAAUACUAUCCAAACAGUAAGCAGAAACUUAGUGAAAAUCAGAAAAAAGGUUUUAAAGAGCAGUAGAAAAAUAGUCAAUAUUUAUCCCAUUCCAUUAGUUUUUAAAGGGAUGACUUUUAAAAAUUAGGUGAGGGAGCACAUUUCCUUGCAAAGUGUGUCUCUGCCUUCCAGCCUUCUCAGUGCUCCCGACGGUGGAGCACUGAAAGCUGCUGUUGAUAACUUCUCACAAUAAAUUGACAGAGACAGAUGAUCUCUCUUGUAAUAAUUCUUUUAAAAGUAUUACUUAUAAACUCUAAGUGAAAAAACAACUCAAGAGGACAGCCACAUGGAUUAAAAAAACAUACCUUUUAGGAUCCCCCCCCCCCCCCCCGGCCUGUUUGAAAUGAGAAACCUCACUGAAGAGCCGUUCUGACAAAAUUUCAAUGUAUUGGUCAAUUGUCGUGCGACUCGCAUGUGUGAUUUUCUGUUUUUUGUUUUUAAAUAUUCUUUGGUUUGUCUCAGUUUCUAAAGAUACAUCUUACUGUGCUAAGAAUUAUGAAGCAAUCUGUCUUGCCACAUGGGCCUCAGGCAUUAUGUUUGUCUAACAAAGGUUCGCCGUGUGUGUUUAAAUGAACAUACAAUUAUUCCCCCAAAGCUGGAGAAAAGUAUUUCCGUGCAUUAAGGAUUGUGUGACUUCUGUACGCGGACCGCUGAGUUGAUUUGUGCCAUGUGGAAAUUCUUAACUGUAAAUACUCGGGAGGUAUAAUAAAUGACGGAUGCCAAUAGGACCACAGUAAGAAGGUUGGAGCAAGAUAGGGCAAGUGGAUGUGUAUAAAUAAGUGAAUGCAAUCUCUACUACUGGAACUAGAGUCUGAUAAACUUUUUUUGCCCUGAAGAUGAUCUUCCCAUUGAAAGGCAAUUCCUGGGGAAAUGACCAGGCCCAACCACAGAAACAAGCCAGAAACACAGUGCUGGGGAUGAACACCCACCGUCCUCUUGUUACAGACGUAACCGUAUCUGUUCUUAAUUCUAUGUUAAAUGGCCGAACUUCAGUUUUUACCUGUUACAAAUAAAGAGAACCUGAUAUUUUAA